GGCGACUACGCCCCGCCGCGCGGGCGGGGGGGGGGGGGGGGGGCAAAAUGUCCCAUGCCCCCCCACUGGAUAAAACACUGAGCUGACCCUCUCCCCUACUAUGUUUUUCUGCUUACACUACUAAUAAAAAUGUUUCGAAAUUUUACAGUAUAAUAUUAUUGUACAUCAGAAAUGUGUUCUUAAAAGCUGAAUACAUUUACAAAGAUGACAAUUGUUUUUUUGCACCACAGCAUUGGAAGAAUCUCUUUUUAUCAGGAUCUUUCAAUGUUUCUGAAAGGAUCAAUCAUGAAUGUUUCAUGAAAAAUUAUUUGGUUGUCUACAAAAUUCAAAAGAGUUUCAGACAAGAUUUAUUUGGAUAGAGUUAUAGAAAAAAAUACCCAUGCAAUGAAUAUUUUUUCAUCAUUUUCAAAUAAAUUUUAUGAUUAGCUGUCAACUCUAUUCGGCAGUUUUGAAAUUCAGACACACCGCCUUGCAAAAGUAAUGUUAACACAGUAUGCCGGGUAUGUAGAAUACUUGAUGGUUGUAUUUUUCAAUUUACUUUCUUUUUUUUUUUUUUAUUCUAAAAAGUUUAAAUUUAACUAAACAUAUGGAUGUAUUUGAUAAAUUUGCUGAUAAAUUUGCUCGUUUACCAAUGUUUUUUAUGACAUUUCAUGGUCAAGAAAGUAUUGAUAAAGUGAUAAAUACAAUGGGAAAUGCAGUUGCAAUUCAUAAUAUACAACAUGUUAUUAUUGAUAAUCUUCAAUUUAUGAUGGGAAUGGAUUAUUCAAAUGGUGAUCGAUUUUUUAAACAAGAUACAUUAAUUCAUCGUUUUAGAAAAUUUGCAACAAAUAAUAAAUGUCAUGUUACAAUUGUUAUUCAUCCGAGAAAAGAAGAAGAUGAUGGAUUAUCAAUUUCAUCAAUAUUCGGUUCAGCAAAAGCAUCACAAGAAUCUGAUAAUAUUUUAAUUAUACAACAACGAAAAUUAAGUACAGCAAAUGGCGGAAAUAUUAAAUAUUUACAAGUUGCAAAAAAUCGAUUUGAUGGACAACUUGGUCGAUUUUCACUUCGUUUUGAUAAAGAACGCUUAUCAUUUUCUCGUUCAUUAUCUUCAAGAGAAGAUUCAAAUAUUGAAUCCGAUAAUCCUGAACAACAACAACAACAACAAUUAAUUCGUGUUGAGCAAUAA